CAACAUAUUUAGUGUUAAUAUUAUUUGUGAUCACUGUUUGCAUCAAAAUAUUUAAAUUAAACAUCAAUUCAAUUGAAUUGUUUGAUUGGUUUAACAUUCAAUCAUUUGUUUACAGUUAUCUCAAGACAUGUCUUGUGAUAUAAUGGGUGAGAUGUCGACCAUCGAUGACAUAAAAAAGGAUUCAAUGGUUGAGGUGAAGGACUUUGUCGAGUCGUUAAGGGAUGAAAACAACAGACUUUGCCGACAAUUAUCUUUCGCACAGAAAUCUAUAAAAUUAUUUGAAGACUAUCGACAAUGUCUGACCUCUUUUGCUAACAAUUGUCUUUGUGAUGAAAAUUUUGAGAAUCAGAUGCAAUACAAUGAACUCGAAAAACGAUACAAAAGUCUUGUCGAAGAAGAUAAACAAUUUUGCGGAAUCACUGAUGAAUUGAAUAGUGAUAUCGAGUUUAACCAAAUUGAUGAUAAAAAAGAUAAGUUGGAUCAAGUGAUUAGUGGCACUAAUAAUGAUAGCAAUUAUGAUAAUAAUGUUGAUUGUCAUAAUUAUUUGCUGAAAGAGAUUUAGUAAACGAUUGAAAAAAUGUGAAGAAGAUAAUGACUAUAAGUUAAUGUAUAUGAAAAGCGAUACAACUGAUAGUCAACUCAUACUCUGUCAAUGGUAUAACUGUGGACUCAGUUUUGGUUCACAAACCAGUUAUUCACAACACAUAAAGACAUCACAUUUUAGAAUUAUCGACAAUUUAACAGAUCCUCUGUUGUUGGACAAUGAAAUUGUCAUUGAUUUACCACAAACUAAUGAUAGAAUUAUAUAUGAAAAAGAUAGCAAAACUGUCAAAUUAAAGACGGAAGCGAAAGAAAAUGAAGUUUUUGUAUGCGAUUGGAUCGGAUGUGGACUUGAAUUUGGAUCAGAUUAUGAUCUCAAGAAACAUAAAUAUACAACACAUGACCGAAAAGUGAUUAUUCCUGUCAAACGAACUACUGUUCCUCGAUUUCAAGGCUUUAAAUUGUUAACAAUUCAUAAGACAGAUGACAAUUCAGAAGAUGAAGAGAUGAGACAAGAGUCGGAAGCAAAUGUAAGACACGACCCAUCGUUUGACAAACUAUUUAAAUGUGAAUUAUGUGACAAAAGCUAUACUCGAAAAGAUAGUCUCGAUAGUCAUCUGGCAAUACAUCAUGAUUUGUCUGACAAACCAAUUAAGACAUAUUAUUGCGAUUACUGUGAAUAUGAAUCACGAAAUAGUGGACACAUGAAGAGGCAUAUCCAGAGAAAACACACAAAUGACAAACCAUUUAAGUGUGAUUUAGACACUUGUGAUCCAAAUAUCAAAUGUUUUGCAACGCGUGAAGAUCUUAAACAACAUCAAUUGAAAUGCCAUUCAAUUUAA